GGCGACACCUCGGGGUCUUGGGCAGCCCGAGGGCCUGCUGCGGCCCGAUGGGAGCCUCGCAAUGUCGUGUGCCUAAGUGGGGGGCCUUGAGCCUAAGUGGGGCCUGUGGUCAGGCGGGCCGCGUGCCCAGGUGGGGCGAGCCCGACGGCUGCGCCUCGCUCUGCCAAAGGGUCGGGGUCUGGCCCCGCUGCCAGUGGGAGCUGCUGGUGCCCGCAGGGAGCAUUUCCCUUUGGAGAGAUAAGUCCGGUUUCUUCUGUGGAGGGUACGCAGUCACAGCCUUGAUUUCCUGGAUCUGGUAACAUGGCAAAAGAUGCCAGUCUAAUUGAAGCCAACGGAGAACUAAAGGUCUUUAUAGACCAGAAUCUUAGUCCCGGGAAAGGUGUGGUGUCUCUUGUGGCUGUACACCCAUCCCCAGUGAACACACUUGGAAAGCAGCUUCUGCCAAAAACCUUUGGACAGUCCAAUGUCAAUAUCACACAGCAAGUGGUGAUUGGCACGCCUCAGAGACCUGCAGCAUCAAACACUAUUGUGGUAGGAAGCCCACACACUCCUAACACUCACUUUGUGUCCCAGAACCAGCCGUCUGACUGCUCACCUUGGUCUGCUGGGAAACGGAACAGGAAAGGUGAGAAGAAUGGCAAGGGCCUACGGCACUUCUCCAUGAAGGUGUGUGAGAAGGUGCAGAGGAAAGGGACCACCUCCUACAAUGAGGUGGCUGAUGAGCUGGUGGCAGAGUUCAGUGCCGCUGACAACCACAUCCUACCAAAUGAAUCAGCUUACGACCAGAAGAACAUCCGGCGGCGUGUGUACGACGCCUUAAAUGUGCUGAUGGCCAUGAACAUCAUCUCCAAGGAAAAGAAGGAGAUCAAGUGGAUCGGCCUGCCCACCAACUCCGCUCAGGAGUGCCAGAACCUGGAGGUGCACUGUCUAAAGCGGGCGUCCGUUGUCCUUGGUCACUUGAGAGGGCCGUACCAGGUAGAGAGGCAGCGGAGGCUGGAGAGGAUCAAGCAGAAGCAGUCCCAGCUCCAGGAACUCAUCCUGCAGCAAAUCGCCUUCAAAAACUUGGUGCAGAGAAACCGCCAGGCCGAGCAACAGGCCCGCAGGCCACCUCCUCCUAACUCUGUCAUCCACUUGCCCUUCAUAAUUGUCAACACCAGCAGGAAGACUGUCAUUGACUGCAGCAUCUCCAAUGACAAAUUUGAGUAUCUGUUUAACUUCGACAACACGUUUGAAAUCCAUGAUGAUAUUGAGGUGCUCAAGCGCAUGGGCAUGGCGUGUGGGCUGGAAUCUGGCAACUGCUCUGCAGAAGACCUCAAGGUGGCAAGAAGUCUGGUACCAAAAGCUCUAGAACCAUAUGUGACAGAAAUGGCUCAGGGAUCCAUUGGCGGAGUAUUUGUCACGACAACAGGUUCUACAUCCAAUGGCACAAGGCUUUCUGCCAGUGAUUUGAGCAAUGGUGCGGACGGGAUGCUGGCCACAAGCUCCAAUGGGUCUCAGUACAGUGGCUCCAGGGUAGAGACCCCUGUUUCCUGCGUUGGGGAGGAUGAUGACGAUGAUGAUGACUUUAAUGAGAAUGACGAGGAGGACUGAUCAACUGUAGACCCUCUCCCCUCACGUUCAGCUUCAGGAAAAAUGCCUAAAGAGAAACUUUAAAGUGGGGCUUUCUGCUCUUUUUGGCCUACUCCAAGAAGACACCCACGAGUUGUGGAGUUAGAUGUGCAGCUCCAGGAAAGGAUUGUGCCCGCGGUUUGAGCCGCGCUACAGAUGUGUUUUGAAGCCAGCGUGCUGAUGCAGAGCCUGUAUUUACUUUUUAGGAUGUGUUUUCUGUCUCUCUUUCUCAUGCUUUCUCUCUCUCUCUCUCUCUCUCUCUCUCUCUCUCUCUCUCUCUCUCUCUUUCUUUUAAGUUUGAAGUUGAUUUUGCCCCUCAACAGUUGUUGCUGGGUUUGUUGAGGAAACUGCACUGCACCCAUACCAGUGACAAUAAUAAAAAGCUAACUUGCCUUGGGUGUCCAGCACUUAGUUGGUGGAUAGCCUGGCUUUAGGAUGAAUUUUUUCAUUUGUUAAUCAUGCAGUGUCCAAAGAACCAAGCCAUUAGCAAAGCUCUGCUUUUUAAAUGUUAAGCGCCAUACAUCUUAUUAUGACUUUAUUUUUCCUUAAAUUAUAUUGACUGUCAUAAUUCCAUCAAGCUUGUACACUUUCUCUAUUGCAGCAACAAAUUGCAAAGCAGUUUUCUUGUUUGUUUGCCUUUGUUUUUGUUUGGAAGAAGUUUACUGCCACGCUGGUGCAGCUAUGGAAAUUAUCUAGAAAGUUUGCUUAUGGUAAAUUUGCCUGAUUUCUUACAGGCUACGUUUGGAAACUUUUUAUUAUAUAGUUGUUUACAUACUUAUAAGUCUAUCAUUUAAAGACGUGUACUGAAACAAAUGUUGUAUUUGUUUCAUAAGCAUCUUCCUGUAAUCUAUUAUAAAGUUGAAAUUAAACAUAGAGAAUGUUUUAACAGUUUUUUAACUCAAAAUUUGUCAAUCAUUUUUAAUAGUUCUUUUUUUAUAAAAAGAAAAAGGAAUUUAAGGACAGGCAAUAGUCUCAUAAAAUUUAUUCACAAGAACUCAUUAACUGCACAGUUGCCCUUAGCUGCCUGUUCUAAAAUGAUGGUCUUUUUAUUGAAACACAAAUAAACUUUUCUGUAAUAUUUUAUGGAAUAUAAAGAGACUUAAAUUGUUUGACUUGUUUAACUUGGCACUGUUAGUUUUUAUUAAUAAAACGCGCAUGGGCAUUUUAAACAA